CAGAUGGACAAUCUCCCAUGCUCUUUUGGUGCCAUGGAAUAUGGUCCGAGUGUCCGUGUAUAUAACCGCUUCUGUUCAUCGAGACCGGCUUUCCUGUGGGCUUGGAGCCAUGACUUGACGAAUUAAGGCUUGGUGGCAGCCCUCCAGUUAUCACUGCAGCCUUACCUGUCUAGGUAUACACUUAAGGCAGAGCUUGCGGUAAGAUAUGUCAUGAACAUGUAUACCUGUUCCUACCCUGUGUGCAACACCACCAUAUCGAUCUUUCCCCGUCCUAGCAAUUCUCUUGUCUUACGUUGCACGGGGUAGGCUGUAUAACAUUCUCUUGACGUGCCCAUUCCUCAUAUUCCCGGGUCAGACAUAGUGAUCAAUGGCGUCGAACCGCCCAGAGAUACCGCCGUGAAGCACGCAAAGACGGAGUACGCCCUUCCUCAUGACGCCACCGAACAUGAAUGUCUGGAGGCCUAAUCCCACGCCAUAAACGCCUGAUGAACCACAAACCCUUCUACGCUCCCCUUAUCAAACUGGACAAGAUAAUCGACGUAGGCUGCGGUACGGGCGCCAUGACCGUCCUUCUCGCCCAAAACUACCCUGCAGCUCACGUCUACGGCAACGACCUCGCGCUCUCGCAGGCGCGGACUCACGAUUCCGAUUAG